UCGACCGCGGUGCUGCGCCUCAGUGCCCGCGCCGCGGGCUCCGCCGUGAGCCCGGCGGCCUGCUCAGGACUGAGGGGCGUGCUGAGGCGCCACGCCCUGCUUCGGCUCUCUGCUCCUCUGCCCUUUCACCGUGUGUGCUCGGCUACACCGCGCCGCCCCCGAGGAGGAGACUUGUGUGCACCUGAAAUUCGUGGCUUAUUUGCAAUUUGUGAAUUAUUUGUGAAGAUGGGCAAGAUUUGUGCCAUUUUUGGGGGAUCCCGAGGAAUAGGAAAAGCUGUUGCAGAACUGCUGGCACAGAAAGGCUGCCGCCUGGCAAUCAUUGCUAGGAAUCUGGAAGUAGCCCAAACCACUGCUCGCAAUCUUGGUGCAGGACAUCUGGCACUUCGCUGUGAUGUAUCCAAUGAACAAGAAGUCCAAAAUACUUUUGAGGAGAUGAAGAAGAAUUUAGGUCCUAUUAACUACUUGGUUAAUGCAGCUGGGAUCAACAGGGAUGGUUUGUUACUGAGAACCAAAACUGAAGAUAUGAUAGCCCAGAUUCACACUAACCUUUUGGGAACAAUGUUGACUUGCAAAGCUGCUGUAAAAGCCAUGAUUCAACAACAGGGAGGUGCCAUUGUCAACAUAGGAAGUGUUGUAGGACUUAAAGGCAACCCUGGUCAAAGCGUGUACAGUGCUACCAAAGCGGGGUUAGUUGGAUUUUCACGCUCUCUUGCUAAAGAAGUAGCGAAGAAGCAAAUUCGAGUGAAUGUGGUUGUCCCAGGCUUUAUUCACACAGACAUGACUGCUCAUUUGGAAGAGGAUCAGCUGAAGAAAGCAAUUCUCCUUGGAAGAUUUGGAGAGCCUCAUGAAGUUGCACAUGCUGUUGUCUUUCUUCUGGAGUCCCCUUAUGUUACAGGGAGUACUUUAAUUGUAGAUGGAGGCUUGCAUCUUAUGACUUAAGUUCUACUCUGAAUAAGUAUCUACGUAAAUGUCAUUAUGGUAAUAUAUAAAAAUUAAAGGGAGCAGGUUGACAUUAGCUGAAGAUUGAUGUAUGUAAUUGAUUUUAAAUUCUUCAGUCAGAGGAGAAAUUUAUCAUCAGUGGGUCCAUUUCACAGAAUCAUCCAAUACAUCUGCUUGAAAGAGACCUCAAAGAUUAUCCAAUCUAACUCUUGACCCGGCACUGAAGAGUCAAUAUUUAACUAUGUUGCUAAGCACCAGGUCCACAUGCUGCUUGAAUGCCUUCAGGGAUGGUGACUCCACCACUGUGAUUUGGUACUGUGAAGCCUGUAUGUAACAAUUUGAAAAAGGUCUGGGUUUGUUAUCAUGAUAGUUAUACUGAAACAUUUUUAAAGUACUGUGUUUUGAUAAAGUCAUAUUUUCUAGUUUGAGAUAGAGUGGAGAUAUUAUUAGAAUUAUGUUGCACAAGGGUUAAUAAAGUGUGGGGCCAUGUUUACUGGUUGGCAGGUAUGAUUGCAUCAAGGUUUUCAUGUAGGGUGAAGACUUGAAACUGUGUAAUUUUUUUAUUCUUAUCAGUUAGCCCCUUCAAAGUGGCGAGGAAUCUCCUUUGGGUUUUGUUUGUUUGUAGCUGACAGUACAAAGCUAGGAGCUUCUAUAUCUUCUAUACCUGAAUUGCCUUCAGAAAAUUUAAUUAUAUGCAGUGUGUUUUCAUAAAGACAAAACUUGUUCAGUUCCAUUCAUGAAUGUAUAUACAACACUCAUUUAAACCAGUAGCACUUGUGCAUGUAUAUGGAAGGAUUUGGCCAUUGAAGCUGAGUUUGAGCUUCACAUACACUGGUGAACAGCACAGCUGCCACAUAAAAGGCUUUUCACUGAUUCAGUAGAUGUUUAGAAAACACAUCUCAUUUCCAGAGUGUGAAGUCAAGGUGUAUUACUGCACAACUUCUUGAACAGUCAGCUCAACUAUGAUAUGUUGAUGCUCUUUAAUAUGUAUGUAUAGUCAAUAAAAUGGCCAUUUAUUUUAGUCAAAGUAGCGUUUGAAGCAGAGGAGUAACUUGGCUGUUAAAUAAUCCUGAGUGUUCUUCUCUUUUUGAAAAAACUACUAAAACUUUGACCUCAGGCUUUUCCACUGAGAUCAAGUAAGUUUUGACAAUUGGUGUUUUUAUCAUCUCUGAAGAAGGCUAUGAAUGUGGUUCAGGACCUUCACUUCUUAGCUCUUGGUGUUCGUUGCAUCAUGAUCCAGAUGUUGAUUCAGCUUUUGAAAUUACUUUGUCUUGGCACAAAGCAAAGUACAGAAAGAAGAGAUCUCACUGACGAUAACUUUGAGUUUUGUAAAUCAGACUUUCUUCAUCUGUGCAGCUGACAGAUUUUGUCUUUGUGCCAGAAAACAAUGCAUGUUCAAGCUUCUCACAGGUAUGUAUUGAGAAAUAAUACAAGGAAUGACUGUGUAUUCAGGAGGUUUUACAGUUGGCUGUGUUACUCUGGAAUCUAAAAUACCACUAAAGGCAAUCCUUUCAGA